AUGGGUCCCCGGGUAGUGGCGUCUGCGCUGGCGCUCUCCUGCCUGCUGCUGGCGAGUGCCUCGCCGGCGUCAGCGGCCACGGCCGCGGAGGACACGGAGCUGGCGCCAGUCGUCAACGUCGAGCAGGGAAAGGUGGCGGGAUCCACCAUGCUGUCCCGGCGUGGGAAGCGUUUCUUCGCCUACGUGGGCAUUCCGUACGCCGAGCCUCCACUUUGGGACCUCCGCUUCCAGGUUGCACAGAAGCCAGACAACUGGGACGACGUUUUCAACGCAACGAAAGAAGGAAGUCCCUGCCCUCAGCUGAAUGCAGAGGGGAAGUACAUUGGGAACGAAGACUGCCUGUACAUCAACAUUUUCACACAUCUGGUUCCUGAUGAUGGCAACGUAAACGACAUUAUCAGGGUGAUGAGGGACGUCAUUGUGGUAAUUCACGACGGCGGCUUCACGACGGGCAGCGGCAGCUUGUCCAGGUUCUCUCCAGAACACCUCAUGGACCACAACGUCGUUCUCGUCACCUUCAACUAUCGGCUCGGCCCGCUGGGCUUCCUGGCGGCUGGGGAUAUGUCGCUGCCUGGCAACGUGGGCCUCAAGGACCAGUCGAUGGCGCUGCGCUGGGUGCUGCGUAACGGCCCCAUGUUCGGCGGCAACCCGCACAGCGUGACGCUGCUCGGCGUCGAGGCGGGCGCCGCCAGCGCGCACUACCACAUGUUCACGCACCUCUCCUUCCGCAAGUUCGCGCGCUCGGUGUCGCUGUCCGGGACGGCGCUGAGCCCCUGGGCGCACGUGUCGACGGCGGAGGCGCGGCGGCGCGCCUUCCGGCUGGGCGAGCUGGUCGAAUGUCCUCCGGAGCAGCUGCACGACGGCCAGGGACUGCGGCAGUGCCUCUCCAAGAAGCGCGCCAAGUUCCUGGUCCGCAAGGCCGCCAAAGUACUCGACGGGUUCGGCCGGCCGGCAUGGCCUUUCGUGCCCGUGACGGAGCCGUUCCUGGGCCGCAACAUCUCGUUCGUGCCGCAGCCCGUCACCGACAUGGUGCAGGCCCUGGGCAGGCGCAAGCUGCAGGACCAGCUGCCCUGGCUCAUCGGCACCACCAGCCACGAGGGGCUCCAGCAGGCGCUGGGUGAGUGUCGCCCUCAGCACGAGGCGCCAGUGUUACGAAGUAAGACGUAG